AUGCCAACUGAGACUGGUGUUUACGUAGAAUCACCCCAACUGGUUGCACCGUGUGUCGUGCGAAACGCUUACCAAACUUUGGGUCAUCAUCCGCAUUCACCUGACCCAUCUUCAAUUACACCGAACUGUCCCACUUUUCGCAAGCCCUCACACAUUCAGUUUACCCGCCCUGACCAGCAAGUACAGUCUACCCGGCAACUGUCUGCCGCACAUGCGGCAGCCGCUGCAUAUCACAAUCUAAUGUUUUUCCAGCUUCAACAACAACAACAACAACAGCAGCAGCAAUUUCAGCAUCAUCCGCAACGGCAGUUUCAACAGCAGUCACAGCUGUCGGCGAAUUUUCCCCCAGUGUCCACCAUGCACCCAAUCCACUUGGCUGCUGCGGCUGCCGCAGCCGUGAGUUCUCAUUCGUGCAUUCAGAACGCUAACACAAAUCCUAUGUCUCAUUCUGAGCUCUCAUGGUCCACCACUUCGUCUGCUGUGACCGAUGUUGAGGAUCCAGCAGCCGCCGCGGCUGCCUCGUACUAUGCAGCGGCGGCUGCCGCAGCAGCCGCGGUCGCUCAACAUGGUCAACAACAACAGCAGCAGCAGGAGCAGCAACAACAACAGCUGCAGCAUCGCUAUCAUCGACAAGAGCUGGAGCAAUUCCUGUUUGAUCAGCAUUCCAUUCAUUUAGGUACUCAGCUUACUGCGGCAGAGCAGUGCCAACUGAGUGCUCAUUUGCUACGACAACAGCAACAGCAACAUCCAUUGGGAAAAUUCUAG